UCCUCCAUCCCUCCCCUGGGGGGGGGCCCGUCCUGGGUGGGUAUUUAAACCCGAGUCAGCAGCACCCGGUCCCCCCCCGCCAUGCUCCGUGCCCUGCUGCUACUGGGGGGUCUGGCCCCGGCCCUGCCUGCUGGUCCCCACUGGGCGUACGAGGGUCCCCAUGGGCAGCAGCACUGGCCCGAGGCUCACCCAGCCUGCGGGGGCCAAGCGCAGUCGCCCAUCGACAUCCGGACGCGGGGGGCGCAGGCUGACCCCUCGCUGCCGCCCGUGCGCCCCGUGGGCUACCAGCGCCCCGACGCCGCCGGCUUCACCCUUGCCAACAACGGCCACACCGUGGUGCUGGCACUGCCACCGUCCCUGCAGCUGGAGGGGCUGCCCCACGCCUUCGCCGCCGCCCAGCUCCACUUCCACUGGGGGCAGCCUGGGCACAGCGGCGGGGCUGAGCAUCUCCUGGAUGGGCACCGUGCCCCUGCGGAGAUGCAUGUGGUGCACUACGACGCGGAGCACUACAGCGACGCCAGCGAGGCACAGCACCACGCCGGGGGGCUGGCAGUGCUGGGGGUCCUCCUGGAGGUGGGCUCUGACCCCCACCCUGCCUACGACAACAUCCUGAGGCACCUCGGCAGCAUCACCUACGCUGGGCAGAGCACCUCCAUCCCCUCCUUCAGCAUCCAGGACCUGCUGCCGCCGCGCCUCGACCUCUACUACCGCUACAACGGCUCCCUCACCACCCCCCCCUGCCUGCAGAGCGUCCUCUGGACUGUCUUCCAGCAGCCUGUCCGCAUCAGCCUGGCACAGAGCCUGAGGGGUACUCAACAGGGGAAAUCGUUGCCAUCACCUUCGGCGCUGUGGCCUCCUGCCUCCUCCUCGCCCUUGCUGUCCACUUCGUGGCCAAGAGGAUGCGGUGAGGGGGCCCCCACGCGGGGCAGGGACCCCGGACCCACUCGAAUCAGCUCCCACCUCAGCCCCCCCCCCUCCACCUGCUCAGGGUUAGGUCACCUUCACCUCAGCCCCCCCCCCCCCCGUGCCAGAGUGAGGACACAGCAGCAGGAAGUUGUCUUCAAAGCCUCCACUCGUGCCCGUGGUGCCCCCCGACCCUGAACCCCCUCCCCCCUUGAACCCCCUUCCUCUACCCUCUCCUGCCCACCUCCUCCUCAUCCUCUUGCCUGCCUCACUGGAAAUAAAGCCCCUGCCCCAUCCCA